CCCAAACCUCCGAGCGCCGACGGAACACCUCCCCCUUCCUCCCGGCGCGCCGCCACUUCGCCGCUGUCGCUCCUCCCGCCAUGGGCAGCUCCGUUGCUGACGGCGCUAAGCUACAGCCAUCAAGGGCAGGGAGUCGCCUCUGUGUGCGGUGCGGCGAGAGGAAGGCCGCACUGAAGCGGCCCAAAACCCUAGAGCAGAUCUGUAGGGAAUGCUUCUACAUCGUCUUUGAGGACGAAAUUCAUCAAACUAUUGUCGACAAUUCUUUGUUUAAAUCUGGUGAGCGUGUGGCAAUCGGUGCUUCUGGUGGAAAAGAUUCAACAGUGCUUGCAUACGUGCUAUCAGAGUUAAACCGUCGUCACAACUAUGGCCUCGAUUUGUUCCUUUUAUCUGUUGAUGAAGGAAUCACAGGAUAUAGAGACGACUCACUAGAAACAGUUAAAAGGAAUGAAAUACAGUAUGGUCUGCCACUGAAGAUUGUUUCCUAUAAAGACCUCUAUGGCUGGACAAUGGAUGAUAUUGUUAAAGCAAUUGGUCUGAAAAAUAAUUGUACGUUCUGUGGAGUUUUUCGACGUCAGGCACUAGAUCGAGGUGCUGCUCUCCUGAAGGCUGAUAAGAUUGUAACUGGGCAUAAUGCAGAUGACAUUGCAGAAACUGUCUUGCUGAAUAUUCUGCGUGGUGAUAUUGCAAGGUUAAGUAGAUGUACCUUUAUAACUACUGGUGAAGAUGGGCCAAUCCCAAGAUGCAAGCCUUUCAAAUACACCUACGAGAAGGAGAUUGUCAUGUAUGCAUACUUCAAAAAGCUGGACUACUUCUCCACAGAAUGCAUCUAUUCACCAAAUGCAUACCGUGGUUUUGCUCGUGAAUUUAUUAAAGAUUUAGAAAGGAUGAGGCCUAGAGCUAUAUUGGACAUCAUAAAAUCUGGAGAAAAUUUCAGAAUCUCCACAACAACAAAGAUGCCAGAGCAAGGAACGUGUGAACGCUGCGGCUACAUUUCUAGUCAGAGAUUAUGCAAAGCAUGUGUCUUGCUUGAUGGAUUGAAUCGAGGCUUGCCGAAACUAGGCAUUGGAAGGACCAAAGCUGGUGACGGUAAGGAACACGCCAAACAUUCAGAGAGGAAUACAUCGAGCUUACAAGGGAAACAUGGGAACUUCGACUUCUAGAUCUCAAUUGCAGUUUUGCUAAAAAGAAAGAAAUACUGUAAUAAAAUUUUAUGUAAUCUGUAAUUUUUGUAUCAUUGUUGUAGUACUUGUUACUGGUCAUUUGAUCAUUUCGAUUGUUGUGGUCGUUCAUGAAUCAUGACUGUAUAAAUACAGCCGUGAACCACAAGAACAGGUCUUCGAGUCUUGACACAUGCUUACGAAGAUA